ACCUGAUUGAACUAUAGUUAUUAAAAUUAAUCAAACUAUACUGUUCUCUCCAUGUUUCAAAUGGAGUAGGGAUAGUGCAUCUUUGUCCAAUUCGACUACGAGAAAUUCGUUCUUUUUAGGUUACCCCUCAAAAUGCCACCCAAAAAAGAUAGUAAAAGCUCGUCAAAACAACCUCAGAAGACACAAAAGAAGAAGGAGGGAGGAUCCGGCGGAAAAGCUAAAAAAAAGAAAUGGUCGAAAGGAAAAGUACGAGAUAAAUUGAACAAUCAAGUGUUAUUUGAUAAAAGCACAUAUGAUAAACUUCUUAAAGAAGUUCCUCAAUAUAAGCUUAUUACUCCUUCUAUUGUAAGUGAACGAUUAAAAAUCCGUGGAUCACUAGCUCGAAGAGCACUUAUUGAACUUCAACAGAAAGGACUUAUUAAACAAGUGGUUCAACAUCAUGCCCAGCUUAUCUACACACGAACCACUAAAGGAGAUGAUCCUGCUGCAUAAAAAGUUUAUAAACUUUUACUUUUAAAUUAAUAAAAUCUAAAAAAUAUA